CUUCAGGAAUGUAAACUAUUCAACAUGGAGACAGUUGAUAAACUGGAGGCGAUGUUCCAGAAAGCAGAGGCUGAUAUAGAAUAUGUGGAAAAGCGGCUGAAAUUUGACUUCAUGACCAAUGCUCGAGAGGCUGGCUCAUUCGAGGGAAACCCAGUUCAGUUGUUGGAGAACUUGUCAGCUAUCAGAGCACGCCAUGCAGCCCUGUGUUCACAGGUGGAGGAGAUUGCGGCAGAACAGAAACAAUCCAUGGAUUCGAUACGAGCUCAUCUGGAUAACACUGUGCAGCUGGUUCAACAGCUGCAAAACACAGCGGAUAUAGAGGUUCCAGCACUAACAGAAGAAGAACAAGAAGCGAAAGAUUCUCUCUGCUCAUCUGUUGCUGCAUUGAGUGUAGAGACUGUGCCUACAUCAGAACCUCAAAGUCAAGCACAGUCUAAAUCACAGAGUGUGUGCGAAGAGGUGACUGAGGGGGCAUUUGAGACUGUCCCACGGAGCAUACGUGGUAACUUGAAGCUGAAUGACCUCAACACACUCUAUAAGCAGUUAUCCGAGUACUUCUCUGAAAGGAACAGAGGGCCAAUAAGCAUGCAAAGGAUGAAGAAGUUGAACAUGAAAGUCAGUGAUUCUGCAUUGAAGACCUUACAGCACUUUAAACUCAUUGAACUGGAUAAGAAAGGACUUGUUUCAUUGCUUUCACAAGACUAAAAAAUGGGGAUAAACUGGAGACUGUCUACUUUUAGGAAUGCAUUCCCCCACUUGAACAAGUGUAAAGCACAGAGGACUGGUAAACUUACAGAAAAUCCAAGAACUUCAGUAUAUGCGUCAAUAAGGAUUGCCUAUUUCAAGAAAUAUAAUUUCAUACCAGUGAAGAGAGGCAGCAAAUUCACUUUUACUGAAUAAACUUCAGUUUAGCUGUUUGUUUUGUCCCAUGUCUUCAGCAUAAUACUAUGCUGCUGUAUUAAAUGUUAUCAUGACCUCGUGUGGAAUCCUUAGAUUUAUAGAAAGAAGCUAAAUUGUCCAGCACAAGUUUCCUGCACUACUUUUGUAAAAGAACAGCUGUUUUUAAGUCAUUGCAGAUAGAAAAAUCCCUUGUGAAGAACACUGUAUUUUAAUGAAAUAUAGUAUAUUCUUUUUUUUUUUUAAUGGGUGACUUGUAAUUCCUUCAGUAUGCAAUAAAA